ACUCUUCCUCCCUCCCUCCCUCCCUCCUUCGCUGAUGGGUCUCCGAACCUGUCCGGAAAUUCCCGAAGCUUCCCCCGCCACCCCCAAAUCGCAAUAGGAAAGGGGGGGAGAUAGAUUGAGAGGCGGGAGCGCGCACGCACGCACGCACACACCAUCCAUCCACACCGGGAGCGCGGUCCUCGCUGGCCAUUGUCCUCCCUGCUUCGCUUCCAACAGCCAUUUCACCCAGCGCCUCCGCUUGCCAGACACUCUCCUUGCCGUUUCCCCCCAGUGACACCAAGCCUGGGCGGGGAUCAGGGCCCACAGCCCUCUUUUUCCUCCCAUGGAGCGAGGGGGCGCCGGGCCCUAAGCAGCCCCCAUCCCCCCCCCCCCCCCCCACCUUCUCCUCCUCAUCCUCCGACCAAGAUGGCUUGAUUGCCAGUGGUCCAAGGAGCAGUGGAUGUGUUUCCUUUCCAUCUUUUUUCUUGUUGUUGUUGUUUUCUGACGGCGGGAGGGCCCUCGCCACCCCCCGCCGAAGAAAUGGACUGAUCCAGACAGGCGAUCGUGGGGAUCCGUUGGGAUCCGUGGGCAGUUGGGAUGUGUGCGCCUCGGGCGGCCCUGGCCCAGCGGUCGAGCGGAGGAAAAGCCUGUUUUUGUGUUGUGGAAGGAAUGGACCCGUCCGGAUAAUUCCCUCCCUCCCCUCUUCCAAAGGGAGGAGGCAGGGGGUUUUCUGCUGCUUGGAUCUCAGAAUGGAAAUGGACUGAUCCAAGGUGGGAUCAGGUAAGAGGGACAAUGCCUCCCUUUAGCACUGGGAUCAUGGGCCAUCAUCGGGCACGUCGCCGCUGACCCAGUUUCCCCUUCCUUCUUCUCCAUCUAAAGAUGGCCAGUGCCAAUGAGACUGAAGAGGCCCACGGCUCAGCACCCCACGCAGCCUCCACCUAUGCCAAGCUGUUGCUUCUGGGCCUCAUAAUCUGUGUGAGUCUGGCGGGGAACCUAUCCCUCUCGCUGCUUGUGUUGAAAGAACGUGGCCUCCACAAGGCCCCCUAUUACUUCCUGCUGGACUUGUGCCUGGCUGACGUGAUCCGCUCAGCUGUUUGCUUCCCUUUUGUCCUUGUUUCUAUCCGCCAUGGCUCUGCCUGGACCUACAGUGUGCUGAGUUGCAAGAUUGUGGCCUUCAUGGCUGUCCUUUUCUGUUUCCAUGCUGCCUUUCUCCUCUUCUGCAUCAGUGUCACGCGCUACAUGGCUGUGGCCCACCACCGCUUCUAUGCCAAACGCAUGACCUUCUGGACGUGCAUAGCUGUCAUCUGCAUGGUGUGGACUUUGUCAGUGGCCAUGGCCUUUCCGCCAGUCUUUGAUGUUGGGACUUACAAGUUCAUUCGUGAAGAGGACCAAUGCAUCUUUGAGCACCGCUACUUCAAAGCCAAUGACACUCUGGGCUUCAUGCUCAUGCUAGCUGUUCUGAUCUUUGCCACCCACGUGGUUUACAUCAAGCUCCUUCUCUUUGAGUAUCGCCAUCGUAAGAUGAAGCCUGUCCAGAUGGUCCCAGCCAUCAGCCAAAACUGGACGUUUCACGGGCCUGGAGCCACAGGCCAAGCUGCGGCUAACUGGAUUGCUGGCUUUGGCCGUGGCCCCAUGCCUCCCACCUUGUUGGGCAUCCGGCAGAAUGCCCAUGCUGCCAACCGGCGCUUGCUGGGCAUGGAAGAAUUCAAGGCUGAGAAGAGGCUAGGUAGGAUGUUCUACGUCAUCACUUUGCUCUUCUUGGUUCUCUGGUCACCCUACAUCGUGGCCUGCUACUGGAGGGUAUUUGUCAAAGCCUGUAGCAUCCCCCACCGCUACCUCUCCACAGCUGUUUGGAUGAGCUUUGCCCAAGCGGCUGUCAACCCUAUAGUUUGCUUUCUACUCAACAAAGACCUCAAGAAGGGCUUGAUUGCCCACAUUCCCUGCUGGAGGACAGAGCCUGAACUACCCAGAGAGCCUUACUGUGUGAUGUGAGCAGUGCUGAGGGUUGGCUGGAAGGCAUCCGCCUGUGCCAAACUGAAUUUGGGUUUCUUUAUUCCUUUCUUCUUUCACACCACACAAGAUGCCAAAUGAUGGGUCAUUUUUCUUCCCCUGCAACUUUGGUGAUGGUUCCUGAGAGUAUUUGGUGUCACAAACAGACUGAUCUCUCAGUUAUCCUAGGGCAAGCAUCCCACCUGUUAACUGCAGUGAGAUCAGAGCUGGAUUCUGGUCUCACCACCCCUGGGGUAAAUCUAGAGCCAUACAAUGUCAGUAACUGGUCCCCAGUAGUAUUCUAGCCAGUUCUUCAAGGAGGUGCAAAGGAUCCAGUAUUUUACUGAGCAUUUUUAAAAAGUAGUCUUCAAAUUCUAUUAAUAUACUUAAGACAGAAACCCCAAAAGUCACAGCACCAAAAUUUCUUAAUGACCAUUAUUUCUCUUAACUGUCAAUUCUAAGGUAUGUAUAGUGUCACUGAAAGGAGACCGAGUUAGAUCUUUGUGCUUAAAAAGAGUCAUUCCACUUAGUAGCCCCAGCAAGGCUGAUUAGCUGGAAUCAGCUUUCUUGUAUGAUUAAUUUUCUGAUCUAGUCAGUUAAUCCAUCAUUUAAAUUAAUUCCCCAUGGCAUCAACAUUUAAAGGAGCAGGUGAAGAGGUAGGAAAGGUGGAAUAUGGCGAAACGAAGAAGAAAACAGGCAGCUAACAUAACUGUUCCGGGGAAUGCCAUGGAGCCAGCCGUGACUUAGCUCUUUGUCAGUCAGAAGCUGUAACCAGGGAGCCUUGGAAACCCCACCUCAGUUGCUAUGGCAGCAACCAAUCCAGUCUCAUAGAGCAUGUCACCCUGGAACAAUGCAAGCAGGAGGAUAUGGGGUGGGGUGUGGGGGAGGAAAAACCCACCAAGAAACACUAAUGCACUCUUUGAAGAGUGGGAAAAGACAGAGGCAUCAAUGUGCAAAACAGGCAGGGAAGAACCUCCAAGGCCGCAGAAAAGGCAGGGUGACUACAGGGGGACCAUGAGCAAUGAUGUCAGCAUGGCACAUGCUCUGCUGACAGAUAGCCAAAACAUCAUUGUUGCAAAGCUUAUUCAGUUCCAUAGCGCCCUCGUCCAUUCUCACGCAUUCAAAUGGCACAGCACAUUGCUCUUGAUCUUGCUGUGUCACAUUGCCACAAACCCAUUUACAUAUUUGUUGUGAAACACUUAAGAGACCGAGGAUGAGAAGCGUGCCACUCCCAGAGUUGCUGUCUCGCAUCUGGAUUUAUUCCAGCGGACUAGUGGUCAGUGCUUGAGAUCACUGCAGGAAAGCAGACAAAUGACCUCACAGGUUGUACAGAAAGGCUUCAUAUUUUUAUGUCCAUCUCUGAGAAGAGUAGAAAGUGUGGGAAUGAUGAGGAAAGAUGGGUACAGUGAGAAGGAAAGAGGACUUCAGUUUGGUUUGUAGAGAUUUUUUAAUGGGAAGAGGAAAUACGGGAGUCUGACUUCUCUGUUCUCUUUUCAUCUAAAAGUUUGACCGGGGUCUGACAAUCCAAGUAAGAGAAAGUAAGAACAUGGAUAUCUGGGUUCAUUCUUCGCUGUGAUGCCCACCUACCCCAAUGUUGCAUUAUCCUGCAUUACAGGUGCUCUUGAAAAGUCAAUCCCAACAAUCCAUAGCUAUAUUCUUUGAUCUCUGCUGAUGAGGGGAGAUUGGAUGCAGAUCCUUCCUAAAACAAGUAUUUUUAAUAAUGAGGUAUGCUUUAUGAGAUGGGAUGGAAGAAAGGAUUCGGGAUGAAAGAGGUGGCAGGAAAAAUGAGGCCAUAAAGCAGCAUUGUUGGCAGUAUUGUGGGAGAAAAGCAAAAGGACCAGAGGAGGACGAGGUCAGGGGAAGAGUUGAGAGAACAUAGCACAGGAAUUCAAGCCUGAGGUUGCAGGGAGGACAUGUGGAACCAGGUGAGAGAAUGGCAUGGGGAUUGGGGCUUUCCCCGGUUUUCCCUUUCCAAAGGACCCUGAUGUUGAUUUCUGCCUCUGAAGAAAAGACUGUUCAUCUUACCCUCCAGUCCUGCUACCACAGUAUGGCCUUAAUCACUGGCCAGAAUUACGGCCACCAGACAGAAAUCCAUAUUUGAAAAAUAUGGAAGAUGAACACAGAUUAUUUCCAGAAUUCUUUUCUUUUGGAUAGAGACAUUAAAGAAGUUUGGGGUUUUGUUUUGUUUUUCAAUGGGGGAAUAAAGAAAUUGCAACUUUGUUGGGAGAGGGAGGGAUGGGUGUGGGCGGGCACAGGACAGACAGAUGGAUGUGUGUCCCCUGCAAUGUACGCUUCUGAACUUCCUUCAGAUGGGGGCAGCUUUUGGGUGGGUGGGUAAGGGGAACUGGUUCAGGGGGCGGAAAUGGAGAUUUGGGGUAAGGAUUCAGUUUGAUCCUGCCCCGCCACCCUCUUUUUGUGUCAAAAUUUGUUUCCAUUCCCCACUUUUUCUGGGGAUUUUCUUGUUUCCUUUUCUUGUUUUUUUAUAUAAAUAUAUAAAAAAGAUGGAAUGAAAUGCAAAAUUCUUGGGUGAUUUCUUUUGAGUCAGAGGCAAAAACUAAAAUAAGCAAAGAAAACUCCUCUAUUCAAGGUCAAACUAGACAUGGCUUGGGAAAUCGGUAAUCUGAUUUCACAAAGUUCUUUUUUAGGCUUCAAAGCAUCAUUGGAAGUGAAUAUGUACUCAUUCGUCUUUUACUGUUUCUGGAAGUCCUAGUAGUUUCUAUCAUCAGUGAAAACUCCCAGAGAAGUCAAGGCCCGUCCAGACAGGCUCUAUAUUCCAGGAUCAGUUUCCAGGAUUUCUGGGAUUAUGAGUCCGCACUGCCAGAUAAUCUGGGAUAAGGAGAUCAGAUCUUGAGAUAUAGGAUCUGUCGGGAAGGGCCCUCAGGUACAUGGUGAGCACUUUUCCUUGUUUACUUCUGUAGCUAACAGUAACAUGGGGUGCAGGACCAUUUCUGUCAAGGAAAUUGGCUCACUAGAAAUAUUAAACUCUCCUUCUCUAGUGCUGUGUGUCUAAUUUAGCCCUGAAAAAAUAAGGUAUUUUCUCCUUUUGUUUGCACUUUGCUCUGUUUCAGUCAAUGAAAUUAAAUAAUAUCUGGGAUAAUA